AUGAUAAAAACAAUUGAAUUGUUUUUUUUAUUAUUUACAGCUUCUAGUCAAUCAUUUACAUUUAUUGAUUAAACAAGUAAAUUGAUAUUAUAAUUUAUAAGGUUUUUAUUAAAAUUUAGAACCUGAAACUAAUUUUUAUAGUGAAACUGGUUAUAUAAAAGUAUAGACAAUCAAUAAUGGAAAUAAUCAAUUUUUCUAUCAUUUAUUUUUAAAAGAAGGGACAAUGAGCUUAAAUGAAGUUUAAGAAAGUGAUAAUUUUAUAUUAUGGCUACAUGGUGGUCCAGGUUAUUCUUCAUUAAUUCAAAUAUUUCAAAAUGUUGGACCCUUUCACAUUUAUAAAAGAGGAGAAAAUGACUAUUCUGUAAAGAAAGCAUAAAAUACUUGGAAUAAAAUAGCUCAUAUUAUUUUUAUUGAUUAGCCUUUUGAAGUGGGAUUGAGUUAUUCCCAACCUAAUAUAAAUGUCGAAAACUCAGAAUAAGCUGCUCUUUAUAUAGUUGAAUUUUUUCGUAUAUUCUUUAAGGAAAGGCAGUAAUUUUAAUAAAUUAAUUUUUAUGUUUUUGGCGUAAGUUAUAGUGGUCAUUAUGUACCAGCUAUAGGAGUUGCAUUAGAAGAAUCAAAUUUAAAUAUAAAUUUCAAAGGAAUAGGUUUUGGAAAUGGUUGGACAGAUGCUUUCAUUUAAUACUAAAGCUAUGCACCAUUUCUGUAUAGUUUGGGAAUUUAUAACGAAAAAAAGAAAAGUUAUACAUAAGAAUUAAUGGCAAAGGCAUAAAAUUAUAUUCUAAAUGGAGAAUAUCUUAAGUCAACAGAAGAAGGUUUUUUUGGCAUAUUUGUUAUUUUAAACAAAUAUACAGGUCAAGUGAGUUCUCAUGAUUUUUAGAAGUAUUUAAAUGAAGGAUAGAGUGAAGAAUUUUAUUAAGGAUUUAUAAAUUAAUAUAAAUAAUAAUUUGGGGCACCUGAUGAUAUAAUAUAUAUUGAUUGGAAUAAGAACAUAAUUAAGAAUUUUGAAGUUGAUAUUUCAAAAUCACAAAAAUUCAAUUUAGAAUUAUUAUUAAAUAAAGGAAAAAAAGUGUUAAUUUAUUAAGGAUCUAGAGACAUCAUUUGUAACACUCCAUCUAUGAAUUAUAUAAUAAAUAAAUUGAAUUGGAAAUAUAUAUUUGAUUGGAAAAAAUAGCCUAAAAAGAUAUUUACAUCUAAACGCGAAGGAUUUGAAUAGAAUGAAACAGCAGGAACAAUAAAGCUUUAUAACAACUUUUAUUAUGCCACUUUAUAUAAUGCUGGGCACUUUGUUUAAAAUGAUAUACCAAUAGCUACUUUAAAAAUGGUAACACAUUUUUUAAACGAUGAUUAAAAUUGGAAUUGA